UAAACUAAAACAAGAGAGCCUGGCAAGAGGACAGCGCUGCUGCUGGGUUGAGGAAAUUGAUGACGGAGAAGCAUGCGGGCAACCCAGUGUAUAAAACUCAUAAACGUGUAGGCAGAGGCUCAGCUACCACUUUGGACAGCUGCUUCCCGCCAGCAAAGACCACGCCGUCCGCGGGAAGCCGAGCCAGAGCCCUCGGGGAAACAUGAAGAGCCUCUUGCUGCUGGCCACACUCCUGGUCCCUGCGCACCUGGCAGCCGCCUGGAGCGCCAAGUAUGCGGUGGACUGCCCCGAGCGCUGCGACAGCGCCCAGUGCAAAAGCAGCCUGCGCUGCAAGCGGACAGUGCUGGACGACUGCGGCUGCUGCCGGGUGUGCGCCGCAGGGCUGGGCGAGACCUGCUACCGCACCGUGUCGGCCAUGGACGGCGUCAAGUGCGGCCCGGGGCUCAGGUGUCAGUUUUACAGUGAGGAGGAUGACUUUGGUGACGAGUUCGGUAUCUGCAAAGACUGCCCCUACGGCACCUACGGGAUGGAAUGCCGGGAGACCUGCAACUGUCAGUCGGGCAUAUGUGACAGAGUCACCGGCAAGUGUCUGAAAUUUCCCUUCUUCCAAUAUUCAGUAGCCAAGUCUUCGAACAGGAGAUUUGUUUCUCACACAGAGCAUGACAUGGCAUCUGGAGACGGCAAUUCUGUGAGAGAAGAACUCAUAAAAGAGAAUGCCCACUCUCCUGUAAUGAAAUGGUUAAAUCCUCGCUGAUCCCGGGUGGGAUUUCUGAGAGAAGACUCUUAUUUUAAUGAUCAUUCAACACACAGCCAACAUUUUAGGAACUGUCUAGAUUAUAGCAUAUGGACAUGUGAUAUUGGGAGGCCAAGUGUGUGGGUCCGGAAAAAAAAAAGUAGGCUACUAACAAUCCAUAAAAUGCAUAUGACUGAACACUCUUAGAUAUUUGUUAAGUAUUUGAAUGCAUAUAGAUUUGUUAAAUAUGUGUUUAUAGUAAUACUGAAGAACUGAAAAAGCAAUUUAGAUAAUCUUAAUGUGGAUGAAGAUCAGCCAAAGAGAGAGCUAGCCAAAGCUGAAGACCAGAGUGAGUCCACAUGUCCGUGACUCGGAUGUACAUUGAUGUUGGGAUACAGGAUGGAGGGAGAGUUAGGAGUGAGAGAAGGUGGGGGCAGGGUGGGGAAGUAUGAUAUUUAGGUCUUCCUUGUGGUAGCAUCAAUAGAAUUUAGUUGUGCUUUUUAUUUACUUGGGAAAAGUCAAAACAAAACAAUCCCUGAAGGAAGUGGGAUGUUUCAAGCUUGUGGGAGGUUGAGUAGCAACCUUGAACUGAGGCAGGUUUCAAAAGGCUGCUACUCGUCAUGCCCAGGUUACCUUAUCUGAAGGAUGAUUCUGGGGCAGGGGGCAAAAGUACACUCUCAUAAAUGGUUUUAAAGAAUACCACCCCAGACUGAGAGAGCUAGGAAGUAUUUUGUCCAUUUGGAGGAGGUGUGAAGGUAAAUAUUUAUAUAAUUUUGUAAACAAUUAUGUUAGUAUGAGUCAUCCUCCAUACCCAUACUUAUCACUUUGAGAAAAUGAACAAAAUACAUGGUAAGUUUAUUAUUAAUAAUUAUAGCAAUAUUAAUAGUAAUAAGCAUAAGAAAAAACUAGAAAAAAUUAGUCAUUACGGAUUUAUAAAAUGUCAGAAAAUGAGCAACAGAAGAAAUUUAUUUAAAAGUAAGUGCAGUGACUUAGAUGAGUUUCAGAUUUAAAGUAGGAUACUUUUUUAAGAGGUUUGGAAAAGAGUCAAUUUUCAGUAGGAAACGUCAACUUUAAAAUAUUGUUCAUUUUCUUAUUUUUCUUUCCUUUAAAGUUGGUUGAUAAGUGGAAUUAUGAGUACACUUGGGAGGACCUUAGCACAAACAGGACUGUUGUACUAGAUUUUGUUAGGAAAUAUUUGCAGAAGUAUUUUAUUUGGAGCGAAGAUUAUUUAAGAAUUAUUUCACUAUUUACCUAUAUUUUAUUCUCAAAGUUUGCCAGCAGAGUUGUGAAUGUGUGUGUGGGAGGAUCUUUGAAUGUAAGCUGAAUAAGCUGUUAGGAUAUGUUUUAAAAGUCAAAGUUUAUGAUUGUUCAAUAAAAAAAAUAAGACCGC